AUGAGUACCGAAGGUAAAUCAACACAAGCAGAGGAAUUCGAUUGGGCUGUUAAGAAUGGUGAUCUCGCAGGUGUUACUGCUUUCCUCCAAAAGGAUGCAAAUCUCGUCAAUAAAUUAGAUGGCAAUAAAAGAGGUCCAUGUCAUUGGGCUGCUGAUUUCGGUCAAACAGAGAUUUUAAAACUUUUAAUUUCAAAGAAAGCUAAUAUCGAUUUAAAAGGUAACUUUACAUUAAAUGAAUUUGGAUAUAAAUAUGGUAUUACUCCAUUAUUGGCUGCCGUAUAUGAAGAACAUGUUGGUUGUGUCGAGUUACUCUUGAAGAAUGGUGCUGACAAGAAUGCCACUGGUCCAGAUGACAGAACCGCUGUUGAGGCCGCAUCAGAGAGUGCCAAACUCAAACCACUCUUCAAAUAA